AUGGAUCGUAGUAAUCCUGAUGAUUCCUUCGUAGGCUCCCAGACUCUGCAGGACAUUAGGCUUCUGCUGGGCCGGGCUGAAAACAUUGUGUCUGGUGGGUCCUCCACCUCCGGCGCCUCCUCCCACCUCCUCCACUCUGACGACGACAUCCUGCUCCUCUCUCUCAGGAGGAAGAUGGAGGUAUUCCAGGACUCCUCCUUCACCUCCUCCUCUGGUGGUGCCGGGGUGGGGGACCCAAGGAGUCACUCCUCCUUGCUUUGGGCCCGCUCCUCCUCUGACUCCAUGCUGCCGGCAGUUAGGAAGACGGAUAAGGAGAGGGAGAGCUCUGCCUACAACGGGGAAGGUCAUGUCAGGCUAAGCAGAGAAGCAGAGCAUCAGUCCACACCCGCCAGAGAGGAGUCUGGGAGACUACUACAGGACAGAGAGCAUUAUGGAAGACCACAGGACAGUUCUGAAGACGGAGAGCAUCAUGGAAGACCAAGGGACAGUUCUGAAGACAGAGAGCAUCAUGGGAGAUCACAUGACAGUUCUGAAGACCGAGAGCAUCAUGGAAGACCAAGGGACAGUUCUGAAGACAGAGAGCAUCAUGGGAGAUCACAUGACAGUUCUGAAGACCGAGAGCAUCAUGGAAGACCAAGGGACAGUUCUGAAGACAGAGAGCAUCAUGGGAGAUCACAUGACAGUUCUGAAGACAGAGAGCAUUAUGGUAGACCACCACCGGACAUUUCUGAGCACAGAGAGCAUUAUGGGAGACCACCACAGGACAGUUCUGAGCACAGAGAGCAUUAUGGGAGACCACCACAGGACAUCUCUGGCAGUAGCUCCACCUUCCUCCUGACCGAAUCCGUGCGGAGGGCGGAGCCUGAGGGCUGCAGUGCUGGCCUUUCGGACACGCGGAUUGGCCCUGUGCUGUUGUCAGUUAUGCCGGUCAGCCAACCUGGUCCCUCAUUGGGUGAUGCUGGCGUUGGCAAGCUGCAGCAGGCUCCACCAACAACAGUGGCAGGAGGAAACCCAGAAGUGCAGAUGGCUCCAGAAGAGGGAAGCUCUUUGUCCUCUUCGUCCUCCUGUCCCGUGGGCUCUGAGCAGGGGUAUGGAGGUCUGUCUGAGCCGGCCCACAGUGGGGAUCAGGGUGGAGAUGCUCUGAGUGAUGGUGGCAGCAGCAGCAGUUCUCUAGCAGCCAGGGUAGCCAGGCUGCUCCAGAAUGAGUCUCCAGCCACGGUGGCGUCCCUGUCCAGCCGAGCCAGUACCGCCACAGCAGACCUGGAGGAAAGCAGAGCCAGAGAGUGGCUGAGGCUGAAGGUGUCGGGGCAGCUGUGUGAAACUCUGGAGCUCAACACGGAGGAUAGACAACGCAUUGAAGAGAUCAAGAGAGAGAUACUCUUUAAACACCCACUACAGAACCCGAGGAGCACGGACACGGACAGCAGUACUGCGUCCAGCCUUGUAGGUCCAGGAGGCCAGCCUCCCUCCCUACCCCAGCCUGAGGAGCAGUUGGUUGGGGAGAAGAAGCAGUUCAGGGCCCUGAAGGCAGCAGAGGACUGUCUGUCCCACCAGCUACAGCAGCUGAGCAGGAACCCGUUUGACGACAGCGUUGAGCUGCGUACCCCUCUAAGGCAGGACCUAGAGGGCCGGGUCAGACAGAUCGCCCUCCGAGAGGGGUUAUACGUCCUCCCUAGAACGCACCCUCCACCCCUCACCUCCAUCACCAUUGCCACCUCCCGCCGCUCCCCCCUCCCCGAGCCUCUACAGGUGUCCCAGUUCACCUUAGAAGGGGUCUCCCAACCCACAGUGCAGGGGUGGCUACCUCAGACACGGCCCCAGCAGCAGGGGAGGGAGAGCACCACCACCUCGACACACUGCUCCAUGUCCAGAGACACAACCACCAUGACUGGAUCACAGGCCAACAGCAGCAGUCUGUACCCCAGAGACAGAAAGACACGCCUGGGCCAGGGCCAGGAGCGAGACAGGAGCCGAGACAGGAGCCGAGACAGGAGCCGGGCCAGGAACCGAGACAGGAGCCGGGCCAGGAACCGAGACAGGAGCCGGGCCAGGAGCCGAGACAGGAGCCGGGCCAGGAGCCGGGCCAGGAGCCGAGACAGGAGCAGCUGCCUGGUAGAGACCAAGAGAACCCCUUUACUGGUCCUCCCCACUCUGCAGCUCCUCUCCCUCUGACCCCAGGCAUAUACGGGCAGAUUUCCCGGUCUCACCCCGACGAAGGACGUCCUGGGUCCAUCAUGGGUU